CCCCUGGUCGGUUGUCGUUUGAUGAGCCAAUAGCAUCACCGGGGGGCGGAUGCACCGCUGCGAUAAGAAGUGCUAUCAAAUCCACCCGCGUAGUUGCUCAGCUUUAGUCUGGAGUCACCGUCGUCAUGCCUUCGAACACGGCCGCGGUGCCGGCGGAAGAGGCUCCGGGUCGUCCGUGGCCAGGAUUUUGGUGACAUGAUUGUUUGGCUCAAUGACGAAACGAAGGCACGGAUGGUGAUUGAAAAUGAUCUGGAUGAGCUGAAGAAGAACAUCGAGGACACCAAGCUGAGCAACAAGCAAACGCAGAAGGAGAUUGAUCUGAUGAAGGAUGAACUGGCCAACUUUGAGCAGGACCACAAAAAUGCUGCGGACGACCUACGUGAGAAGAUCAGGAACUCGGAGGUGAAUGCGGAGAUUGAAACUCCAAAUUCCAGCUUGCCUGAGAUUGUCAACAAUAUCCGCAAGCAGUACAGCAAACUCGCCACGAAGAACCUGAAGGAGACUGAGGAGCGGUACCAGAACAAGUUUGAAAACAUCAAGGUGGAAGAGGCCCAGAACAAUGAAGCACUGCAGUCUGGCAAGACGGAGCUCAAAGAUCUGCUCAAGCAGAAACAAUAUGUGGUGAUCAAAGUUCAGGGUGGGCAAAGCACGAUCCGCAAUCUGGAGGAAAACCUGAGGUUGGCCAAGCUGGAGAAGGGUCAGCAGCUGGGCCCUCUCAACCGGACAAUCUUGGACUUGGAGCAGCAGCUGAGGGCACAUGUGCAGAACCAGUUGGAGAUGAACAAGGACCUGCUAUGUGUCAAGAUGAGACCGGAAGCAGAGAUCAACGACUACCAGAAGCUGAUGUCGGGAGAUGUCGACAGCUUGGACUUUUCUUUAGACGAUGCUCCGCCACAUGGUAAGUCCUCGAUCCAACUGGUAGAACAAAUCCAGCACGAGUGA